UGAAAUUAGCAAGGCAAACAAUAUUCAACACCCAAGAUCACGAAUUAAAAAGUUACAAAUUAAUACAAUUUGGUGCAAAAGCAAAACAAAACAGACAUUACAAAUUUAUUUUAAAAAUAAAGUCGAGUACUUAGUAAUUUGGUUUGGAAUUCAAUGCCAAAAAUAGUGGUAUGAAGUAAAAUGUUUUGUAUGCCGAUUAUAUUUAUAUUCCAAUUGAUUUUCUUUAGCGAAUUGAAGCAAAGUUAUGCUGAAGACUUUAAUCUUUUUGGAGAAGCUGGUCAAGCGUAUUCUAUAGAAAUAAGUAUUGGACACCCUGGUCAAAAGUUAAAUGUAAUAGUGGACACAGGCAGUGCAACAUUAGCUAUUGCAUCAUAUCAGCGGCCUGAUAAUGAUAAAUAUUUUCAUUUGAAGAAUUCAACAAGCAUAUAUGAUAGUGGACAAGAGAUACAAGCUCAGUAUUCACAAGGCACAUGGGUUGGCAAAUUAGUAUCAGAUUAUGUACACUUUCCGUCAAUGCCGAAUGUCACAGAAGUUAGAUGUGACAUUGCACUUAUUACAAAGAGUCAUAAGUUCUUUAUGAAUGGUUCCGGAUGGCAGGGCCUCCUUGGUCUGGCGUACUUGCCAGUUGGUGCAUGGGGAGAUAAUGUAAUAGUAGGCUCUUGGCUCGACUCUAUGGAUCAUAUGUUAAAUAAGCCAAUGUCUUUUGAAUUAAAAUUAUGUAGUGUACUGGGUAUUACUAAUGCGACACACUAUGGUAAUUUGAAAAUAUUGGAUGACCAAAUAAGUAACAAAAGUUUUAUGUUUCGUACCCCUGUUUUGAGAAAACGUUGGUUUGUGGUGGGAGUUUUAUCAGUCCAUGUGAUGUCGGACACUAUGUCUUCGGUAGCUUCCAAAUUAAAGACUGGAAAUAACGCUACAUAUACUAAUAUAACUCAGAGUCAAUCAAUUUAUGAGAUAAAUGAAGGUUUAUGCCAAAGACUGAACGAACAGAAAAGUAUUGUGGACAGCGGAACAACUAAUAUAAGGUUACCUGAUGAUAUAUUUAGACAGGUUGUAAAUGAGCUUAGAAAUGCCGCUCAGACCAGUAAUGUAUUAAUACUGGAUGAGUUUUGGUAUCAUGGCGAGGCGGCGUGUUGGCCGGAGCCGCAGCGCUGGUCGCUGCCACGGCUGGCGAUACAUUUGCUGGACUUUGACGCAGAAAACCAAUACUUCACACUAGAAUUGCCUCCACAGAAUUACAUGCGAGUAGUGUCAGCCAGAAACAACAGCGGGACAGGCGGCUCUGUGUCCGAGUUCUGUUACAAGCUGGGCCUAGAGGCUGGAGGCAAGGAGACUGUCCUAGGAUACACUGUUAUGGAGGGGCUACAGGUGGUAUUUAAUAGAUCUGCUGGAUGGAUAGGUUGGAGAACAUCAAAUUGUGGCCCAAACGCAACAAUCAGUGGUCCAUACAAUACUUCUUCAUCACUUCUCGUGCGAUGUCAACUGAUCGAACCUUUGUCUGACGCAGCGAUAUCUAUAAAGGCGGCUCAAUGGACACUUUUUGUCAUCUCUAUGGUGGCUCUGGGCGUGUUGGUGUAUUUAUUAACACCCUGUAUAAAGAUGUUGAUUAUGAAACCGUUGCCACGAUCUCAACAGAUUUCUUUAUCUCAAGCGGCUUUGGUGGAGCAAGAAGGGACGUAAGUCAUAAAUUAAAAAAAAUAGGAGCCCAUCAUUUCUUCUAUGCAAGUUAGGACUCUUUUGACGACUUUCUUAUGUCUUGAGCUAGAACUUUUUGGUUGUUGUAAUCAGUAUUACAUAUUUAUAAUUUUUUCUUGCCAAUUAUAUGUUAUAUUUCUACAUUUUAAUGGUAUUCGAAAAACUCAAACGUUAAAAAAUUUUUUUUUUUUCAUUAUUUUUUUAAAAGAUAAGGCGGCUAAAAAAUUAAUUAUUUUCUUGCUAAAUAUGUGCUUGUGUGUGUUUUUCAUGUGGUACUUAAUUUAUAUUAUAACUUGAAUUUAAUCCCUUUAUUGUGCCUAAUAUGUUUAAUCGUAUAGUCUUAUUCAAUUGAAAUGAGAAAAUAUAACAAACCUUUCAGAGCUAUUUUACUUCCAUAAAUCUGUAAUUACAGAAUUAUUAAAAAUAGACAUUUUUAAUUAUCCUUUUAAAGUAAAACCAUAGACAAGAUGAUAUUAUCAGCCAGUGAUAUUAUAAUUUUUCAUCUCUAUUGAAUUUGAUUUUUUUCUUCGUUUAACUUUAUUUUGACUUUAGGCAUUUGAUAUUAGAAUAGGUCUCUAUAAGAGAAUUUAGUUGAAGCUGAUAAUAAUUAGUUUAAAGAAAAUUUAGUCAUAUUUAGUUCCUUUUGGACAUCUAAUCGUUUGAAAUUAAACUUAGGAAUGUAAUAAUUAGUUAAUGUAAUUUCGACUGUGAAUUUUUACGUGUGAUUUGUUUGACCUCUUAGGCUUUGACCUUUUUUAUGAUUAUUAUUAUUUUCAAAGUAUUAAUACACUUGUAAGUUAACAUUAAAUACGACUAAACUCAGAGUCUUUAAAUGGUUUACUAUGCAGGCCCUUAGGGCAAUAAUAUAAUUCCAUAUCUCUGCUUAGAGUCUCCGUUACUGUCCAAUUAAAAACUAUGGCAGUUGUUUUUUCUACAAAUGGUAGAAUGUGUGCAAUUAAUUAUUUUUUUUUAUAUAUAAUAUAAUUUCCAAGCUAUUCUGUGGUUUUAUAUUAUGAUUUUAUUUUUGUACUUAAUCAGGGAUGUAGUACGAAUUUAGAGAAAUGUAACUGUUUAUAGACAUUUCACAUAUUUUUGUGUCUUCAUAUCGUUAGUAUUAAGUAUUUCUGAUUUUUUAAAAAGAAAAUAUUUUUCAAUACUGAACACUCUGUAUACUGUAUUUCAAUAUUACACGUUUUAUCAUAUCUUUACAUAAACAUUUUUACUAGCACUUCACAUAGUAUAUAGGAUAGACCAAUUUUACAAUUUGUAUAUUACAUAGAAUUUUUUAUUGAUUUAUAAUUCAUGAUUUAUAAAGAUAUAGACGGGACAUCACGAAGCAAACUGUAAGCUCAAAAAGAUGAACCAUCCGUACAUUUUUGUUUAAAACGUGACAGAGAUUAUGAAAAAAUAUUUGAAA